GCUUGUGCUGCUCCCAAAGGCAUUUUCGGUGGCACGUCCCAAACUCUUUAGAUUUUUGAUCCCUAAGAGCAGUGAUGGUGGUUUGGAACGUGAGUUAUGUCCCACUCCUGCAGCAGCAUAAUGCAAUGGAUCAGCUUGAGCAGAGGGUAAAUGAAUUUUUUAUGAACGCAAAGAAAAACAAACCUGAAUGGAGAGAAGAACAAAUGACAUCAAUCAAAAAAGAUUAUUAUAAGGCUUUGGAAGAUGCAGAUGAAAAAGUGCAACUGGCUAAUCAAAUAUAUGAUUUGGUAGACCGUCAUUUGAGAAAAUUGGACCAGGAACUCGCUAAAUUUAAAAUGGAACUUGAAGCAGAUAAUGCUGGAAUUACAGAAAUAUUAGAGAGAAGGUCUCUGGAGCUGGAUACACCAUCACAGCCUGUGAAUAACCAUCACGCCCAUUCUCAUACACCAGUAGAGAAAAGGAAACACAAUCCAUCUUCUCACCAUAGUACAACAGAUCAUGUUCCUGAAAAGAAGUUUAAAUCUGAAGCUCUUCUAUCUACCCUGACUUCAGAUGCUUCUAAAGAAAAUACACCAGGGUGUCGAAACAGUAAUUCAUCAUCCUCUUCAAACAAUGCAUACAAUACAAACUCUUCUCAACCAUUGGCAUCAUAUAACCUGGGCUCAUUAUCUUCAGGAUCCGGGGCCGGUGCAAUUACCAUGGCAGCAGCUCAAGCAGUGCAAGCCACGGCACAGAUGAAGGAAGGAAGACGAACAUCCAGUCUAAAAGCCAGCUAUGAAGCAUUUAAGAACAAUGAUUUUCAGCUUGGAAGGGAAUUUUCGUUAUCCAGAGAUUCAACUGGAUAUUCAUCAUCAGCUCUGGCAUCUACAUUAACGCAGACAUUAAGUUCAUCAACCACAGAUUCACGAAGUGGCAGAAAAAGCAAAAACAACAACAAAUCCUCAAGCCAGCAGUCCUCAUCAUCUUCCUCUUCUUCAUCUCUAUCAUCGUGUUCUUCUUCAUCUGCACUGGCACAAGAACUGUCCCAGCAAACAGCAGUAAUACCAGAGUCUGAUUCUAAUAGCCAGGUUGACUGGACCUAUGAUCCAAAUGAGCCACGUUACUGCAUUUGUAAUCAGGUGUCCUAUGGUGAAAUGGUAGGCUGUGAUAACCAAGAUUGCCCUAUUGAGUGGUUCCACUAUGGAUGUGUUGGACUGACAGAAGCACCGAAAGGGAAAUGGUACUGUCCGCAGUGCACGGCUGCAAUGAAGAGAAGAGGCAGUAGACAUAAAUAAGUUUCUUCAUCUGGAAAACAAAUUACAUACUAAAGGUUUUAUAGAGGACUUGGGAGGGGGAGGAACCCCCACCACACUUGCAACCACUUAAAGGUUAACAUAGCAGUCAUAAGAUCUUGAACUAUUGAUUUUGCUAGUUGUGUUUUAAUAUUGUAAGUAAAUUAUUUAUGCACAUUGAUGUGCUGCAGAUACUAUUCCAGUGAGCCUUGGAUUGUUCCAGUGGCCAACAUAUGCAGACAUUUCUACUAUCAAACCAUUUUCUCUAAGCAGUGGGCAUUCUACAAUUAUUCAAUCUUCAAAAAAUUCCAACAAGGCGAGAUUUUAAAUGUAUGUUUUAUAUUCAACAGAUAUAUUCUGCUGCAUGUACUGUACUCAAAAGCUGUUAUGUAACACUAUGUAUAUAAAUGGUGCAAAAAGUCAGUGCUUCUGAAAAAAAAACAAAGAGACAAUGGUUUUUAAAAUGCCUUUAUAGCUUUGGUUCUUUAUGAAACUUAAUUCAGCAGGCUGAAGAAAAUGGUUCUUGUAUACAGCGGGCUGUUGUCCUCUAGGGUACUUGAGUAUGUAAAAACAAAAAAAAUGCUGUAGAAUAAAACAAACUUGUGCCAUUAGUCUUUAUAUGUUUCUGCUCCAGAGAAGGUGCAGGCCAUAAGAGGAAAAAAAGGUGUUAAAGUGAUGAUAAAUUUUUAUACCAAAUGUGUUUAUUUUUUUGUGCAAGUAAUCCUUUAAAUUUGAAUUGUAUUAGGUGUUAAAAUAAAACAACCUCAACUCCCCAAA